AUGAGUAACACAACGCUUAUUUGCUCUGUUUUGCUUUUCUUUUCUUUCCUCAGCUCAUUUGCAUCUUCCUCUUAUUUGAAUACCAACUUAACUACUCAUAAAUGCUCUGCUCAACAAACACUUGCCUUGCUUCAUUUUAAACAAAAUUCUUCCUCCAUCAAUGUUACAUCACCAUACUGUCAAUAUUCAUAUCCAGUGAUGAUGAAUUGGGAUAGGAAUACAGAUUGUUGUGGUUGGGGUGGAGUCACUUGCGACCACUCCACCGGUGAUGUUAUCGGUCUCGAUCUUAGUUGUGGUAUGCUACAAGGUACUCUCCAUCCUAACACCUCCCUUUUCAACCUUGUGAACCUCCAAAGUCUCAACCUUGCUUUCAAUAAUUUUACUGGUUCCCAACUUCCACGUGAGAUAAGAAGGCUUUCAAAUUCUCUCACGCAUCUCAACAUCUCUUAUUCUGGGUUUUCUGGAAAAGUCCCGACCGACAUCUCGCUUCUUCAUAAAUUGGUGUCUCUUGAUCUCUCUUGGAACUUUGAUUUCCGUCUUGAGCCACGUGUUUUCAGCAAUCUUCUUCAUAACCAUACUUGUUUGGAAGAACUUUCGCUUGGAGGUGUUAACAUCUCUUCAGUUUUGCCUCUGAAUAUCUCUUCUUCUUUGAGAUUAUUAGGACUUAGUGAAACUCAAUUGCAAGGAAAAAUACGUCAUACUAUAUUCAAUCUUCAAUCUCUGGAAAAGCUCGACUUAUCUUUCAACAGUUUAACAGGCCAAAUCCCCUGGGAAAUCUCACUUCAUCCUAAAUUGGUUUCACUUGAUCUCUCCAUGAAUAAGAAUUUGGGAAUUAAACCUUACAUCUUCAACAAUCUCCUUCAAAAUUCUACUCUUCUGAGAGAUCUUAGCCUUAGUUAUGUUAAUUUAGGUUUGGUUUUACCAACUUAUCUUAACAUAUCUUCUUCUUUGAAUUAUUUGGAUCUCGGGAGUACUAGUUUGAGAGGCAAGUUACCUGAUAACAUCUUCAAUCUUCAAUAUUUAGAAGAGCUUUACUUGUCAUUUAACACUGACCUCACUGGUCCACUGCCCAGAGUUAACGCUACCAACGCUCUCAAGAUAUUAAGUCUCUCUGGUUGUAGUUUAACAGGGUCCCUUCCCAGUUCCAUAGUUAACCUAAGGCACCUUACUGUUCUAGAUUUACACUCUAACAAACUUAACGGGACGUUGCCAUCUUCCUUAUUUUCUCUCCGGUCAUUAGAAACAUUAGACCUUCGUAACAAUCAAUUUGAUGGCCAGAUUGAUGUGCUUAAUGAUCAAGGCCCAAUUCUGCAAACAUUUCAACAGCUCACCAACCUCACUGACCUAGACCUUUCAUAUAAUAAUUUUAGUGGUGACUGGGAGUUAGAUACACUGUUAUCCAGCCUUCCAAACCUUUACGAUCUCACUCUCUCCUAUAGCGGUUUAUCUGUUACAAACCGUAAUGCUAAUCCUCAUGUCAAUCCUGAUCUCCGAUACUUAGAAUUGGCCUCGUGUAAACUGAAGGUAUUUCCGGAAUCUUUACGAUCCAUGAGAAAUAUUUACAGGCUAGAUCUAUCUAGUAACGAAAUUCAUGGGCAAAUUCCUCAGUGGGCAGGGGAGAUAGGAGGUAAUACUUUGUAUCAUUUAAACCUCUCACAUAACUUCAUAACAGCGUUGCCACAAUCUCAAUGGUAUACAUUAGAAUAUAUGUAUCUUCAGUCCAACCUCAUUCAGGGACGAUUCCCUCCAUCCAUCUGCAACAUGAACCGUCUAUGGUAUUUGGAUAUGUCCAAUAAUAGCUUUGAUGGAGUGAUUCCAGAAUGCCUUGGAAAUAUCACCUCCUCUCUUAAAACGCUAUAUCUGAGUAACAAUCGUUUUCGAGGACCAUUCCCUCCAUCCAUUUGCAACAUGAACCGUCUAUGGUAUUUGGAUCUGUCGAAUAACUCGUUUGAUGGAGCGAUUCCAGAAUGCUUUGGAAAUAUCACCUCCUCUCUUUCAGUCAUAGAUUUGGGAACAAAUCGUUUUCAAGGAACCAUUCCUAAUGUAUACGAGAACUGUGGAUACCUCCAAGGGCUAAUUUUGAAAGGAAAUCAGUUUGAUGGAGAGGUACCAUAUUCCUUGUCCAAAUGUCAAUCCUUGAGAGUACUUGAUAUGGGAAACAACAAGUUAAAUGGUACAUUCCCUCACUGGUUGAGAUCUCUUCCACACCUGCAAAUUCUUAUCCUUAAGUCAAACAAUUUUCAUGGUCCUAUUGUACCCCCUUCAACUCCUGGGUUCCCAUUUCAAAGUUUGCAAGUUUUUGACUUGUCUUAUAAUAAGUUUGUAGGCCAACUCCCUAAAAGAUAUUUUCGGAAUUUCAGUGCCAUGAAGAGUGGCAUAAAAAGCAACACAAAACUGGAAUAUUUGAACACCGGUGUCCAGCAUUAUACAAUUAGUGUCUCAAUGAAAGGGACGGAGCAAGCUAUUACUCGAAUUUUUGUUGGCUAUAAAAUUGUUUGUCUAUCACAUAAUCAAUUUAAUGGGGAGAUUCCAGACAACAUUGGAAAGCUUAACUUAUUGAUAGUGCUUGACUUAUCUCACAACAGCCUCACAGGUCAAAUCCCACAUGCUUUUGGGAAGCUAACACAAAUCGAAUCAUUAGACCUAUCUUGGAAUCAACUUACUGGAAAGAUCCCUCAAAGCCUCGUAGACUUGACGUUGCUUGAAUUUUUAAAUCUCUCUCAAAAUAAUCUCGUGGGGCACAUUCCAACAGGAAAACAGUUCAACACAUUUACAUGGAACUCAUUUGAAGGGAAUCCGAAUCUCUGUUGUCUUCCAUUACAUUCCAAUGAGAAUACACGAGAACCACAACUUGAAGGCGGUGGAACUGGAGAUGGCAAUGAAGAAGAUAGUGGUUUUACAUGGAGAGUGGUGAUGUUGGGAUAUGGAUGUGGGGUCCUAUUUGGAUUGGUAAUGGGAUAUCUCAUGUUGUCAACCGGAAAACCAAUGUGGUUCAAUUCAAUUGUUCAUACAGGGGAUCAAAUGAUCUCGAGUUGGCGAAACAAGAGAAGAUACAUAUAUAUAGGAAGAUGA